GCGUUGCGUUGUUGUUCGUAUUCGCUCCGGUCGGGUCCCCCUUCCAGAAUAGGCGCAGACGAGACGAACCGCCACCGUCGUUGUUUGUGUCCCGUCAGUCGAAGUCACUUGAGUGGAAGAUAACGCGCGUUUGGAUUGUUAUGUCUUUUAAACAUUAACUAGGCGCGGCGCGGCUACAAAAACGACUCUUCCAUUACUAAUGCUUUGUCUUAUCGUUUUAAUAUUACUUGCUCCGAAACACGUCUAUUUUGUAUCGAUUUUGUGAGCGAUCAAUUUCGUACCGUCGAUAUUAUAAUAAAGCCAAGUUAUUGAAAUGUAGUGUUAUUGUUAUUUGAUCGAGCACAAGGUGUCAUUGGAAAAAAUCAGUCAUCCGUUUCAUUCUGUUGCGUGUAGGGCGCAACGCGAGUGUCAUCCCGUGUUCGUAGCUCCAAAGGACUGUUAACCUCUAUGUAACGUGUUAAGUGAUAAUAAGGGUGAAAAUUCUAGACCGUUCAGUGAGGUGGAAAACAUCGUGCAGUAUCCGUGGUUGGCACCCAUUUACUCACCGGAACAGCCAAUGUUAUUUUAAGGUGCUCCCGUGGCCCUUUAAGGGAAUCCAGCCAUGGUGGACUACUACAGGGUUUUGGGCGUUACUAAGGUUGCCACAGAGACUGAAAUAAAGAAAGCGUACAGGAAACUAGCCUUGAAAUGGCAUCCCGACAAAAACCCAGACAAUGCAGACGAGGCAAAUCGAAAAUUCAAAGAGAUUUCCGAAGCCUAUGAAGUUUUAUCAGAUGAAAACAAGCGGAAAUUGUAUGACGCCCGCGGAUCCAGUCACCACAGUCACAGAUAUACGAGCAAGAACGGAGUCAAUGGCCAUCGGCACUAUAGCUUCAAAGGGUUUUUCGGAGAUACGCCUUUUCAUCGAUUCUUUGAAAGGAAGAGGCGAGUGUAUGACCAGUACGGCAAAGAGGGGUUGAACAACUCCCGCGGGCGGCGCUCGGCCGCGGACGACGACUACGACUACGGCUAUUCGUCCUUCCCGUUCACAUUCCGAGACCCCGAGGAUGUCUUCAGAGAGUUCUUUGGUGGUUCCCCGUUCGGCGACCUGUUUGCUGAAAUAAACGGUCACGGACACCGGCACGGUCGGCGCGGGCACGGGCACGGGGGGCAGCACGCGAGCACGUCGCUGACGUCGUCGCUGUUCAGCCCGUUCGGGUUCGGCUUGGGGCUGGACGACCUGUUCGCGCGCGCCUCCAACGGCAACUCCUUCACCUCCUUCUCCACCUUCAACAGCUCGCUGGCGGGCCAGGGCGCCGGCAACAUGCGCAGCACCACCACCACCACGAGGGUCGUUAAUGGCAAGAAGAUUACUACUAAAAAGGUAACUGAGAACGGUCGGGAGACGGUGAUGUCCUACGAAAAUGGGAUUCUGAAAUCAAAGACUGUUAAUGGUGUACCUCAAUCUCUAACCUACAGUUAAACAAUUAAUUAUAGUUCAUUGUAACCAAACUUGAUCCAAAUGACAACUCUAUACUCAAGAUGAUAAGCUAAUGUUCCAUCUUAUAUUUUUGUUUUAAGUAAUUCUUUUGGACAAAUUGUAAAUUUGCUGUGGUAAAACCUAAAAUUUACUUAUACUAGUUGUGAUAUAUAAUUAUUGGGCAUAAUGCAUAACAAAUUAUAAUUUACAAAACAAUUGAAGGACUCGCUUCAACUCCUUUUUCUAAAAAAGAAACCUGUACUUGUAUUACAAGGUAAACUUUGUUAUGCAAUAGGACCCAAUUUACUUUUAUGAAUAUUGGUUAUUAAUUAUUAUACUAUGUGAUUUACUUAAUAUUCUUUCGCUCAGGGCCCUGACCUGCUAAAUCCAUUUUGUAAACGGGCAGUAUCGGGUUAUAUUUACAAUAAAUUGAGUUUACACUUAGCUUUUAAUUGUCACGAGUACUGAGGUAUCAUGUUCGCUCAUGUCACGUUUGUGUUCUGUGAAACGUCGCACGCGCGCUUUUGCUGAUCUCGACGUGGUUUUUAAACUAAAUAUACUGAUUGGGUGUCUCUGCUCUCGGAACACCAUAACUGCUGCCAAUUCUUUACUUAUUUUAAUAGUUAUGUAGUUAGUAUUUAAUCAUUUAUUUUUGCAACUUUAUAUCAUGAUGGUAAAGAAGCAUAAUUGUAACUAUGUAACUUCUUUAAUGUUUUUAAAUAAAUAAUCUAAAUGUACGCAAUCAUCUAGAAUGUGAGUCGCCUAUGACUGCCGUCGACCAUACUCGUAAACACUCGAAGCUUUAAGAGGAUUGUCUCGGGUAUCAGGCCAGCGCCGCACCCGACCGUACUAACUGUUAGGUAGCUAUAAUUCUUAGAAAAGUCCCGUAACCGUAGUAAUACAAACGAACUAUUAAUCGAUAUCGACAUUUCUGCAUUUAACGGGCAAUCAUGAUGAAGAUUGAAGGCACUUUACGAACUUACAGAAACGCGGCCUCUUUUUGAAAUUAUCAUUCCUGGUGUUUCUUUAUUUCACUUGUUACUAUUAAUAUGUUGAAGCCAAAAAAAUCGCUUUUAAGUACGUAUUGUUAAAGUUUUAACGGCACCCUUAUGCCUUCCUGACCUAAAGGCUCCAGAAGGGCUUGUAAAUUUUAUCACCCCUAUUUAAAAUCUUAACUAGUCAGACCAUUCAGAAAUUGCCUUAAUUAUUAGUUUUAUUUUAAUUAUUUUACCACCCAUUUUAAGAAAUUAGGAUUUAACAUCAAAUGAGACGAUCAGCAAAAGCCCUUCAUAGUAUGUGAACCACAAUAAAUCAUUAAAUUUUAGGAUAGCUCUGUACUUAAAAUAACUGCUUAUAAUUUCUGGAUUAGAAAUAUUAGUUAAAUACCUUACAAAGUCGUAAGGGUAGUCCGUAUAAAUAUAUCAGCGCUUUGCAUUGGAAGUCAGCCUUCUCUCUAGUAGUGCCAUUGUAAUCCUUUCGAAAUCGAGAUUCAACAACUAGGAUAAUUGUAUAUAUGUUUAAAGUCUCAUUAGUAUAACGAAGACUUUGAAAUGAUCUCGUUUUUCAUAAACUUGUCAACAACUAUUUGAGCACUGCGAGGGAUAUGGAUAAAUAAAAAUACUUUAAUACUA